CGCAGCCUGGGCUCCUGCAGGCGGCUUCGCUGGGCGAUUUGCCGAGUGAAUUGUUCACGGAGCAUUGGUCUCUGCCAGCGAGUCCUGUGAAUUUGCGGAGCAUUGGUCUCUGCAGAGGAUUCCUAAACGUGCAGGACAUUGUUCUCUGCUAGGGAGUCCUCAAUUCGCACAGCAUUGGCCUCUUAGGAAGGUUCCUCCAUGUGCAGAGCUUUGGCCUCUGCGAAAGGUUCCUGAAUUUCCUUUGAAGUUUUGUUGAGGCAUUGCCACUCAUCUGGGAGACCCUCCUUUCAAAAUGACUUCUGGAGUCCCAGAGUAGAGCUCGACACCUCAUCUUUUGUCCAGGAAAGAUUGACAUCUUUUACUGAAUUCCUUCUGUCAGGCUGGACACUCACCGGUGCUGCUCUGACCAAGCUGCCCUUGGGCACCUGGGCAUGUGGUGGGGGGAAGCUCAAACUCUGCCCAAAGCCCUGAGAGCCACAGCUGGUCCCAGCUAGAAGAGGUUCCAAAGCAGCUGUUCUUUCUCAGCUCUUGUGUGGGCACAGAUCCAGCCCUGCAGACGCAGUGUACAGCAAAGCAAGUUAUCUGCUGCAGCACGUGCAGAAGAAAAUGUCUCAGCGCCUUUGUUCUGGAGGAUGGUGGAAAUCUUCCUGUGCUGGGAAUUCUCCCCUGAUCUUGGUUUGCCCUGUGUUGAUGUUUCCUCAGGUGGUGAAGGUCUCCAUGGGGAGCUCCCCUUACUUCCAGCUCAAGUGCUCCAGCGAUGUGUUCCGUGUCGUGCCGCCGGGCGCGUCUGCCCCUGUGCGCAUCCGCUUCAGCCCUGGCGAGAACAAGGAUUAUUCCCAUGAGCUCAUCUGUGUCACUGAAAGGGAAAGGAUAGUUGUGCCAAUUCGGGCCAUUGGUGCCCGAGCUAUCCUGGACUUCCCUGCCCAGCUGGACUUCUCCAAGUGUCCAGUCAAGUGCAGCACCCAGAAGACUCUGCUGGUCUGCAAUGUCGGUACCCAGGCAGCUCAUUACCAGCUGAGCACCCAGAGUUCUUUCUCCAUGUCACCAGCCAUAGGAAUUCUGGACGCUGGUGACACCAUGCAGGUGACAGUGGGAUUUCACCUGCUGACCACGGGUGACCACUGUGGGUCCCUGGCAGUGUGCUGCAGCACAGGUGAAGAAAAUAUCCACACAAACCUCCGCGGAGAUGCUGUAGAAAUCAAUGUUGGGUUGAGCACAAAUUCCGUGGAGCUUGAGAAGACUUUCAUCACCAUGUCAAGCCACAAAACCAUGUUCAUUGAAAACAGGAGUAACAUCACAGCCCACUUGCAGUGGAAGGCUUUUCCUACUGAGGAAGGAGAGAUCGAAGAGAAGAGGAGGAAAUUCUUCAUUGUCUCAUCCAAGGACUGCGCAAUCCGAUGCAGCCUUCGGGUUUGUACACUGGGGAUCAGCCCUACCAGUUUGGUAACACCCAAACCGCCGUCCUUCGUGCUUGAGUACAAGAUGGCAUCGCAGGUGCAGCCAGUCCUUGACCGCUGUUCGGAUUUUUUGGUCCAGGGCUUCGAGGGCCCCUGCCUUCAGUUCUGAGUGGUCUGCCAGGUAGGUCAGUCGAGGGGUGGUGUAUGUUUUGAGGAUAUCCAGCUUUUGCAGAAGUUUAAGUGGAGCUUGAUCGAUUCGUUUGAGCCAGAAGUCUAGCUUCGCCGAGAGAUCGGGUUUUGCUAUCCCAGUCCAGGGGUCAAACUGCAGGCCGAGGUACUUCUCAGAUUCUCCGGGGUCAAUCAUGUUCAGGGGUGUGCCGUUGAUGGUCCAAGCAGCGCAGUUAUUGACGGCGUAAGAAUCCUUAGUGGGCUUGAUGUAAAAGCCGUGGCAUUUUUCCCCCUGUGUUUUGAGACCGGUGAGAUUGCAGAAAGUCUCUAGUAUUGCGAUGUUCGCUUUCAUGCUUUCCCAGGAGUCGCUCAAUAAAACCAAGUCAUCUGCAAAUGCCAUUGCUGUGAUGCUGCUGCUGUCUCGUUGGUAUCCUUUGCCACACUCUUCCAGCUUGCCCAACAGGGGCUCUGUUGCUAGGUUAAAUAAAAGGGGGAAUAGUGGGUCACCUUGCUUUACUCCCACCUUGAUUUGGAUUUUGUCCGUGUGUGCGUUCCUUUUUGUGGUGACGUACGUACUGAUGUUCUUGUACAUAUUGUUCACCAGGCCGAGGAUGUGGGGAUCCACUUUUCUUUGUUGCAAAGCAUGUAUGAUGUGCUGGUGGCUUACUGUAUCAAAGGCCUUGGCAAUGUCCACAAAUACAACACCCAGCGGUCUGUGCUCUCUUUUGGCAGUU